CGAGUGCGUUGUUUCGCGGGUCGGCAUCGGACAAUUCGUCGGCAAACUUAUGUGAACCGUCUGUKGUGGGCUAGCUAAAAAUAUGUGUGAAAUAUAUUUUAGGUCCUCGGCGUUAUUUAAAAAUAAAAAUUAAUUAUAAAUCGCACGAAUAAAGUAGUGUGGUUACUUAUUAUUGUGUUCACGUUUACGCUCUCGUCCCUCUUGUAUGCUGCUUAUAUGUAAAAGAGAAAUCACAUAAUACAGUUGGUUUUCAUAAUUUCCUUUCAAACCGCCGUUUAGUGGAAAUCGCAAUAAUAAYCAAAAAUAAAGAAAAUACUUCGAUUCCCCUCGUGUCAUAUAUGUAGAUAUAUUUUUUAAUUUUAUGAACGUCCUUUGUCCACCUUUGAGCUACUCUCCUCGCUACACUCAGCCGCUCUCAACCGGUCUCAUAGAAACAUCAAUUGCUCCUGCUCCGCAAUGCCAUCAAACAACCGCAAAUUGUGCAAAUUUUAUUUGAGGAAUGUGUAAUGCAAGUAAUUCAACAAAGAAAAAUAAUUAUACAUAAAAAUACCUUUUCAACACUGGGCUGCGCAGAGUUUUGCUAAGCGGUUAAUUGAGAUUUUAAUGUGAGUGCGCUCGUAUCUAUGAGUAAAAUGUCUCAUCAAAUUAUAUAACAACCAUAAAUUAAACAACCAAACUAAUGGCAGUACAACAGCAGCGAUGCUUGUCUUUCAAACACGGACAAACCAAGCGCCAAUUGAAAUAAAUUGUGCUACGAAAAGUUAGAGCGAGUUUAGAAGAACUUUCAACGAAAUUAUAUAGAUAAAUUCUUGCUGUUCAAAUUCAAAUAAUUUAAACUAAAAUUCUAACCACAAAAAAUCACUUUUAUGCCUACGCAAUAUAAAAAGUAAACAUAUUUCAUUAAAAUUCUAGCUGUCUAAAAGGCCAACACACAUACUACAUUAAAAAGCCUACAAAAACAACAACUAUGCAGCUUCGUAGUUUAGUGCAGCACAACUCGCACAGUAGAACGAUUAGAGGCAGUCGGUGAAGCGCACAUGCUUGAUUAGUCCAAAAAUAAAUUUAAAUCAAAUAGAUAUAUGUAUAAAUAUUAUUUUUAAGUAGAAGCAGCAUUAGCAUACAUAGACAUAUAUAUAAACGAUACACACACAUCCUUAAAGCAAACUGCAUAAAUAAAGUAAUUGUAAUCAGAGCAUUAAGUAAUUAAAGCAAAAGGGCAAAUUCGAGCGCUAACUAGUACGCAAAAUACUUUACAAAUACAUACAUACAUAUAUACAAUAUAUAAAUAGCAACAAAGCACGAGCUUCCUAGUAGAGACCUCAGCAAUUAAGAAAAUAUGAAAAGCAAAAAUUAACACAUAACAAAAAGCGUAAAAUUAUUCAAGCAACAACAAAGUACACACAUUCAUUGCGCCACACGCAGUUUUGUACAUAAAUCGAAAGAAAGAAAGAAAGCUGAAAUCCGGCAACUGCAAGGCACCAUACUAGCACAGAACCGCAUUGCAAAACAUAGCAUAUUUAGAUAGAGAGUAAGAGCCAUCAGCUUGUAAGAUAAACUCACGUACUCAAGAAAUCACACGCUUCAAUUGAGCCGGUGGGCGCACGCUUAAUUUAGAAAGGAGUAGCCACGCAAACAUCAACUGCAAAGCUUAAGUGAGAAGUCGCGCACAGCAACAGCAAAUGCCGACACGCCUACAAACCACCUACACAAACACAGCCACGCAAAAGUUAUAGAACACACACUCGCUCAAGUCCAAAGCAACCGUCCAAUUUGCGAGCCACAACGGCGACAACGAAAUACAAACCACCAAACGACGGUUGAACACUUGGUGUUGUAGAGUUGACACGGUCGACUGCGAAAGCUUUACGCAGCAUUACUUUACUUAUGGCAAAAGAACACUGUCGCAGCGUUUAAAAUUACCAAAAGAAACUUAAACACUCAUACAUAAACGAAAGAAAGAAGAAGAAGAGCACACAGGUACCGAAAAUGGCGCUAAUAUUGGUGAACAGACAACGGUGCAGUCGGGAUCGCACACUUUCGGCGAUCUUCUGUCUGCUCUUGGUGUGCACAACAACGCUUAGACUUGUCCAGGGCGCUGAGACGCCAAACAACGGUAGCAGCAAUAAUUUGGCUGCCGUUGGCAACAAACCAAAUGAUGAUAAAGUGACUCGUAGUACGGACGUGGCGGGGGCCAACUCGGACGUGAGUGCUGUUGCUAAAGCCGGCGGUGCCGGUAGUGGUGGUGGAGGCGAUGCGGCGGCGGACGUUGGCGGUGACACACCGCAGGCAAAUCAGAAUAAUAAUGCUGGUGCUAUAAGUAGCAAUAAUAAUGGUGUGGUGGAUGAUGAUGAUGAUGGUGAUAAUGAUGGCAAUGCUGAUGAUGCCAAUGGUGGCGAUAAUGUCACCGCCUUGUCGCAGCACAGCGGCAGUUCAUUGCAAUGCAAAGACGGUCUGUUGCUUAAAGUUUGGAUGCCAAUUGUCAAUGUGAGUACCGGUGAUCGCGUUGCGCGGGGCCUUGUGUACUUCCUGGCGAUGUCGUAUUUGUUCAUUGGCGUUUCAAUUGUGUCAGAUCGUUUUAUGGCGGCGAUUGAAGUGAUCACGUCCAAGGAGAAGGAGGUAGUUAUCAAAAAGAAGGGCGGCGAAACACAGGUGGUCGUGGUGCGCGUCUGGAAUGAGACGGUCGCCAAUUUGACGCUGAUGGCGUUGGGUUCCAGUGCACCGGAGAUACUCUUGUCCGUUAUUGAAAUGUUUCAGAAAGGUUUCGAAGCUGGCGAUUUGGGUCCGGGCACAAUUGUCGGCUCAGCCGCAUACAAUUUAUUUGUCAUAAUAGCCCUUUGUAUCGCUGUCAUACCGAAUGGUCAAGUGCGCAAGAUCAAACAUCUGCGGGUAUUCAUUGUAACGGCCGCUUGGUCUCUGUUUGCCUACGUUUGGUUGUACUUGAUCUUGGCGCAGAUUUCACCGGGGCGCGUCGAAGUCUGGGAGGGUCUAUUGACAUUUAUUUUCUUCCCCACUACCGUCCUGACGGCUUAUAUAGCCGACAGACGUUUGUUGAUUUAUAAAUAUCUGGACAAGAACUAUCGCAUGAAUAAGCGUGGCGUUAUUGUGAGUGCCGAGGGCGACGCCGUACUCGAGAUGAAUCGUCACGAGAGCAUCAAAGAGCUGGCCGAAAAUGAAGAGAUGAAAGACUUCGAGGAUGCACGACGUGAAUACAUUUCAACGCUGAAAGAACUACGUAAGAAGUACCCACAAAGCGAUCUGGAGCAAUUAGAAAUGAUGGCACAGGAGCAAUUGAUUAAUCGAGGCCCCAAAUCACGCGCUUUCUAUCGCAUACAAGCCACCCGCAAAAUGAUGGGCAGCGGCAAUAUAAUGCGCAAAGUGCAGGAGCGUGCUCUCACCGAUCUCAAUGAGGUGAAAGCACAGCUGCAGCGUGUCGAAGUGGAGGCCGAAGACGAUGAUACGACGGUACGCAUCUGCUUCGAGCCCGGCCACUACACUGUCAUGGAGAGUUGUGGUGAAUUUGAGUUGCGCGUUGUGCGUCGUGGUGAUUUAUCCGGUUAUACGACCGUCGACUAUCAAACGGAAGAUGGUUCCGCCGAAGCCGGUAGCGAUUAUAUUGGUAAGAAGGGUGUACUCACCUUUCCGCCGGGUGUCGAUGAACAACGCUUCAAAAUCGAAGUUAUCGAUGAUGAUGUUUUCGAGCAAGACGAACAUUUUUAUGUGCGUUUAAGUAAUCCGUCGGAUCCGGCAAUACUGGCUGUGCCAAAGGUGGCCACUGUUAUGAUACUCGACGAUGAUCAUGCGGGCAUAUUUGCCUUCAAUCAGAAGACGCAUGAUUUUGCUGAAUCUAUUGGUACAUAUGAUUUGAAGGUGCAACGUUAUUCGGGUGCUCGCGGCAAGGUGAUCAUACCGUUUUGGACAGAGGACGGUACUGGCAAGGCGGGCAAGGAUUACGAACCAGUGCAGGGAGAGUUGGUGUUCGAAAAUAACGAAACUGAAAAAUUCAUACCGCUGGGAAUCAUUGAGGAAGGCAGCUAUGAAAAGGAUGUGCUAUUCUACGUCAACAUCGGCGAACCCAUCAUUGCGCCAGAUAAUAGCAUUAAAACGGAAGCACUUAAAUUUCUAAACAAAUUUCUCGACGAUGAAAUGGUAGGACUUAUUGAGGCCGCCGAGAAAAAGGCACCGGAGGAACUAACGGAGGAGGACAAAAUGGCCUUGCUGGGCCGUCCCAAGUUGGGCGAGGUGGUGCGUGCCGAGCUGCGCAUCAAGGAGAGCAAAGAAUUUAAGAACACUGUGGAUAAAUUGGUGCAAAGGGCGAAUGCGUCACUGCUGAUUGGCACAUCGUCGUGGAAGGAACAGUUUGCGGAUGCGUUGACGGUAACUGCUGGCGAUGAUGAUGGCAAUGGCGAUGGUGGUGACGAUGAUGGGCCUUCAUCGCCUUCAUGCUUCGAUUACAUAUUACAUUUCCUAACGCUCUUCUGGAAAAUCUUAUUCGCCUUCAUACCGCCAACAGAUAUUGCCAACGGUUAUUUGUGCUUUGUUGUUUCGAUAUGUGGCAUCGGCAUGGUGACAGCACUAAUUGGUGAUGUGGCAUCACAUUUCGGUUGCACGCUUGGCGUUAAGGAUGCGGUAACGGCGAUUUGUUUUGUAGCGCUCGGCACCAGUUUGCCAGAUACAUUCGCCAGUAAAGUGGCCGCCAUACAGGAUAAGACGGCCGAUGCGAGUAUCGGCAAUGUGACGGGUAGUAAUGCAGUGAAUGUCUUCCUUGGUAUCGGUGUAGCGUGGACCAUGGCCGCUAUAUACCAUGAAUCGCAUGGACGGGCCUUCAGAGUGGAGGCGGGCACCUUGGCUUUCUCGGUGACGCUUUUCCUAUCGGGAGCCUUGAUUGCCGUGUUCCUGAUAAUGUAUCGACGUAAGAAAUCCAUAGGUGGCGAAUUGGGCGGCCCGUCACCACAAAAAUAUAUACACAGCGCCAUUUUCUUCAGUCUGUGGCUGAUCUACCUAAUAAUGAGCACUUUGGAAGCGUACGAAGUCAUCCAAGGAUUCUAAAGGAGCACAAAACACAAAGGUCACAGAUAGUAUGGAUAUAACUACACACAUACAUACUUACAUGCAAACUUAGCUACUUACUAUCUUCUGAAUAGCCAAAACCAAAAACUAAAUUAAUUAACAUAAACACACACACACCCAUACAAGCAUAUAAAAAUACAAAUAUAGAGGCAUACAAUAUACAAUAAGCCUACCUACAUACAUACAUGCGAUACUAAUGCAUUAGGUACAAUUUAAACUGCAUAAAGGACAUGAGUUACAGGAGAGGAAGGAAUAGAAAUAUUUGCGAUUAAAUAGAAAUCUUAAGUGCAAAGUUAUUUUACAAAAAAACAUUUAAUAAAAAAUGUGUUUGACAAAAAAUUAUGCAAAUAUAACUACAAUCCGCACUGUCCUUCAUUAAUAAUUAUGAAAAUGAAACAGUUUAAGAAACCGUAAAAUUGUAACUGCAAGUCUCAACAGGAGUUGAUAGCUCAGCUAAAACGAUUUCAUAAAUAUUUGUAAAGAAAUGGUAGGCUAAUAGUAAGCUAGUGGCUGGAAUAAGGUUAGGUUUAGUCACAAACUUGGAGAAGAUACCGUUAAGCUCUCUACUUAGCCGAUUGCUUAAUCGACAUGUGUAAGCAGACAAUGAGCAGGUCUUGAGUUUGAUUUGAGCGGUGCUUCACGGAAAUCUCUUAACAUUUGUACUAUUUCGAGAAACCUUUGGCUAAGACUCUCUCAAAACUGAAUUGAAAAACUGUGUUGGACGAAAUGGCUUAUUGUGAAGAGAUUUAUAUACGAGAAAUGUCAAUUAAGCAGAAGGUACUGAAAAGCGACACCACAAGAACUGGUGCUUAAUACGUAACGAAAUGUGUUUACUAAGUCAUCAAAGCAUCGAAAGCGAUAUAGAGAAGAACUUAACUCGUCAAUCCCCGCGUCACAAUUAAGCCCGAUAAUAGUAGUUUUGACUCUCUUGAAAAUAUUUUGUCGAUUUUUUCUUUGGAACGGAUGAACAUCAAGCCGAAGAAAUAAAACAAUUGAGUUCACUCUCCUAGAGUCGGCUCUUUACUAACCUAUCUUAACUAUGCGACAGCUUGAAGAACAACCAAAACAGUUCUUCCAUUUAAACGGUAAUCCUUUGUUUUGUACAAGGUUUAGGUACGCUCAGCUCGAUUUGAGGUAGCAGCGCGCAAGUUUUGAGAUCCAGCAUGAGGUUACAAAUUUUUUAUAACUGGAAAGUGUUUUUAUUGAGAUUAAAAAUGUGCUAGAGGGAAUCUGAGGCACUUAAGUUUGAAUCGAGAUCGACGACGAAGCAAAACUUUAAAAGCUACAUAUUUUCAAUUAAGCCGUAACGUUCUAACUGGCUGUUAAGCUUAUAACGGAACUUUUAAAUAAUGUUAUUUAAUGAUAGUUUUUUGGCUGAGGCUGUCAACUUUUUUUUGAACAAAAAACACUCGCACAUAAAACCACUUUUCUAAAUAAAAUGUCUAAACGCAGAUUUCUUAAAAUCCGAACAAUCGCAAGAACUAACUAAAGCUAAAAAAGGCAGGAUAUGGAUUGAAAAACAGAAAAUAGCAAGAACUUUCUAAAGCUUAAAGCCUUAAGGUAGGAUUGAUCUGGCUUGAAAUACAUGGCAAAUUUAAACAAUAUAAGCACAAGCGACGCAAAAUUUCUAGCAAAUACAGAAAACAAUAGCAACAAUUUUGCAGUAAGGUAGCAACCAUAGUUAAAGUAGGCAGCAGAACGAAUGUUAACAGAAAAAAACAACAAAAAUAUUAUUAAAAACUAUUACUAGCAAAGCGAAAUGCAUAGAAAAAUUAGGAAGAAGCGAUGAAGGGAAGUCCAAAAUAAAUAUUGCAUAAUGAAGAGAAACAAUCAUUGAAUUAUUGUCUAAGAGUCCAGGCAAUAUUUUACGGAACAAUUACAUAAUUACAUGCAUUGAAGCAUAGGCGCAUAGGAGCAUAGGCAGAUAUAGGCUAAACAAAUAGAUAAAGCAUAGUUAAAAGUAGUGAUUCGAAAGCAAAUUAAAAGAAAAAUAAAAACAAAAUGAGCAAUAGCGCGCGAUAUGUAUGUAUGUAGCAAGGAUGUUCAGCGGUCAUUUUACGCUGUGCCACCAUGCACAGUUAUACUGAAGUACUUUAAAAAUGUAAACGAAACAUCAAGUAUAAUUACAACAAUAAACAAAAGAGGCAAAAUAUGCAAUAAACUUGUAUUACUAAAUUUAAUUUAUUUUUAUAUAUAUUAUAAUGAUAAUGUAAAUGCAUACAUAUGUAAUUAAUAAUGUAAUGCAACUAAGUUAUGCCAUUAAAGAUAUACAGAAACCCAAAAACAAAAAAACAAGAAACAACAAAGUAGUAAGAAAUUGAAUACCAAGCAGGAGAGGAAACAUAUUUGCAGAGCGAUAGCAAUUUUUAGAGAAAUUUUAUUGUUAUUGUAUUAUUCUUAUAUUGUAUGUAUAUGUAAUGUGUAUGUAAUGUUAAUUUAGUAACAAAUUGAUAAUGCGAAAUGUGAAGCGAAUGCAAAGCUGUAGUAAUAAGCAGAAGAAAUAAGUAUGUGCAAGAAGACUACACUUUAACGAAACGGCAGCAAAGAGAGGAAAGCAGUUUUUAAUAGAAAUAGACAAAAACAAAUAUUGUAAUGAUGCCACAAGAUGCCGUUUAAAUACAGGGCCUUCCAUAAUUAAACGAUUUUUAAUAUGUAAUUUUUAUAAAUUUAAGUAUUAAUUGUUGCAAAGAAAAGCCUACAUGUUUUUAGAUAAUUUUUCUUGUAAUAUAUAUGUAUAAAUUGAAAAUAAUAUAGAAAAUUAAUUGAAA